AUUAAAAUUCCGCUGGAGUUAGCCCAGGGUGAGACCCUCAGAGCUGUCUGUUCAUGCCAUUGCCUCAAGCCUGUGGACAUUUUUUCACCCUGGGGCAAGAAGAGGCUCCAGUUUGCCCAACUGCCGUGUGUGUUCCAGGCCAGUGUCCAAUGAGGCUGACUUGGCAGCUGCCCUUUCCACAGCCAGCCAGCCAGCCCCUGAGUGUGUUUUAAAAGAUAAGCGACAAAAAGCCAACCCCUUUUAGAGGGGCUGGAACAGGCUAGUAGUUGCUAGGCAAGUUAAAGCAAUUCAGCGUCCUUGCCAAAUGUCUGCCAGGCAAAUAGGGAACUUUCAGAGAAGGGGAGUGAGAUGGUGGUGUGUGUUGGUUGCCAUAGGAAUGUUUCCCUGAUUGGAACAAGACCACAGAGUGAGGAGAGCAAGACGGCAGCAUCUACGGUUCUUUCUGCUCAGGAAUGGGAACCCAGAGUGGGCAGUAGAGCGGAGGCAAGCCAUGCAGAGGCGGGAGCAGAUGAGACCCUAGAUGCCACGAGAAGCUAAACAUGUGGGGAAAAUAAAGAGCAGAUUAACUCAGGAAAAUUAUAUGGAGAGCUCUUAUGCUACUCUGAAGAUCUGAGACUUGUUGGAGAAUUGACAAUCUCAAAUUAACUCAGGGAGAAUUCCAACUAGACUCUGAAAUGAAUUAGAUGGAGAUUUAAAAUAGGGCAAUUUAGUGGGAAGAGAUACUUAAUUUGAAGACAGAAUCAUGAAUAAACUGGAGGAUAAGCAGGACCAGAUGAUACCAUGAAGAGAAGUUUACAGGCCCUCUAUUGCCAACUGUUAAGUUUCCUGCUGAUCUUGGCACUGACUGAAGCACUGGCAUUUGCCAUCCAGGAACCAUCUCCCAGGGAAUCUCUUCAGGUCCUCCCUUCAGGCACUCCCCCGGGAACCAUGGUGACAGCACCCCACAGCUCUACCAGACAUACUUCUGUGGUGAUGCUGACCCCCAAUCCUGAUGGACCCCCCUCACAGGCUGCAGCUCCCAUGGCAACACCGACACCCCGUGCAGAGGGGCACCCUCCUACGCACACCAUCUCCAUCAUCGCUGCGACAGUAACCGCCCCCCAUUCUGAAAGCUCCCUGUCCACAGGGCCCGCUCCAGCAGCCAUGGCAACCACAUCCUCCAAGCCAGAGGGCCGCCCUCGAGGGCAGGCCGCCACCACCAUCCUGCUGACAAAGCCACCGGGGGCCACCAGCCGCCCCACCACAGCGCCCCCCCGCACUACCACACGCAGGCCCCCCAGGCCCCCAGGCUCUUCCCGAAAAGGGGCUGGUAAUUCAUCACGCCCUGUCCCGCCUGCACCUGGUGGCCACUCCAGGAGUAAAGAAGGACAGCGUGGACGAAAUCCAAGCUCCACACCUCUGGGGCAGAAGCGGCCCCUGGGGAAAAUCUUUCAGAUCUACAAGGGCAACUUCACAGGGUCUGUGGAACCAGAGCCCUCUACCCUCACCCCCAGGACCCCACUCUGGGGCUACCCCUCUUCACCACAGCCCCAGACAGUGGCUGCGACCACAGUGCCCAGCAAUACCUCAUGGGCACCCACCACCACCUCCCUGGGGCCUGCAAAGGACAAGCCAGGCCUUCGCAGAGCAGCCCAGGGGGGUGGUUCUACCUUCACCAGCCAAGGAGGGACACCAGAUGCCACAGCAGCCUCAGGUGCCCCUGUUAGUCCACAAGCUGCCCCAGUGCCUUCUCAGCGCCCCCACCGCGGUGACCCACAGGAUGGCCCCAGCCAUAGUGACUCUUGGCUUACUGUCACCCCUGGCACCAACAGACCUCUGUCUACCAGCUCUGGGGUCUUCACGGCUGCCACGGGGCCCACCCCAGCUGCCUUCGAUACCAGUGUCUCAGCCCCUUCCAAGGGGAUUCCUCAGGGAGCAUCCACAAGCCCACAAGCUCCAACCCAUCCCUCCAGGGUCUCAGAAAGCACUAUUUCUGGAGCCAAGGAGGAGACUGUGGCCACCCUCACCAUGACCGACCGGGUGCCCAGUCCUCUCUCCACAGUGGUAUCCACAGCCACAGGCAAUUUCCUCAACCGCCUGGUCCCCGCCGGGACCUGGAAGCCUGGGACAGCAGGGAAUAUCUCCCAUGUGGCCGAGGGGGACAAACCGCAGCACAGAGCCACCAUCUGCCUGAGCAAGAUGGAUAUCGCCUGGGUGAUCCUGGCCAUCAGCGUGCCCAUCUCCUCCUGCUCUGUCCUGCUGACGGUGUGCUGCAUGAAGAGGAAGAAGAAGACCGCCAACCCAGAGAACAACCUGAGCUACUGGAACAACACCAUCACCAUGGACUACUUCAACAGGCAUGCUGUGGAGCUGCCCAGGGAGAUCCAGUCCCUUGAAACCUCUGAGGACCAGCUCUCAGAGCCUCGCUCCCCAGCCAAUGGCGACUAUAGAGACACUGGGAUGGUCCUUGUUAACCCCUUCUGUCAAGAAACACUGUUUGUGGGAAACGAUCAAGUAUCUGAGAUCUAACUACAGCAGGCAUCACUUUGCCAUUCCGUAUUUUUCGUCUCUAAAUUAUAAAUAUACAAAUAUAUAUAUUAUAAAUAUAA